AUGGCUCUUCUCAAAUUCAAAUCUACUACCGAUGCCGACCAAUUUUAUGCCACGUUCAAUGGUAGUUCAUACAACAGUUUUGAACCCGAUGUCUGUCAGCUGACCUAUGUGUCACAUGUUGAAGCUAUAACUACGACUUCAAAUGGUUCUUGUGGUGCCUCUUUUCCCUUAAAGGGUCUGGUUGAGUUGCCAUCCUGCCCAGUAUGUCUUGAAAAGCUAGAUGAGCCAGUUGCUGGCAUCCUUACAACAAUUCUUUGCAAUCAUUCAUUUCAUGACCAAUGCAUAUCUAAAACAACGGAUACUGUAUGCCCAGUCUGUCGGUACGUGCAAUCACCUGAAAUGCAAGAGGAUAGUCAGUGUGCUGAUUGCGAUUUAAGAGACAACCUAUGGAUAUGCCUUAUUUGCGGUAACCUCGGUUGUGGUCGCUACGGUCAUAAACAUGCUUAUCAUCAUUUCGAAAAAACUGGUCACACUUUUGCCUUGGAACUUGGUAAGAAUAUGGUGUGGGACUACGCAGACGAUGUCUACGUUCAUCGAAUUGCUGUCAAUCAUGAUGACGGCAAGUUGGUCCAGGUGGGCGAGGGUGGUGAAACAGGGGACAAGAAAGCAGAUGGUUUGUGCAUGGAAUUCAGCGCAGUACUAGUCAGUCAGCUGGAGUCUCAACGACAAUACUUUGAAUCUCAAUUGGAGGCAAUAACCAGCGAGUCAGCAGCCCGUAUUUGCGCCAUUGAGAAUGAUCUUGAGAGCUCGAAGGCCUGUCUUGCUGAGAUGGAGACAAAGCUGGCCGCUGUGAUGAAGGAAAGGAAUCUGAUUGCCCAUAAGCUUGCACAGAGCACCGCGUCGGUACAAAGGAUGCAAGCAGAGUUGUCGGAAGAGAAGGCACUGAUUGCGGGUCUCUCCUCCAGUCAGGCAGCAUGGCAGGAGCGAGCUAAGCAAGCAGAGGCGGAACUGGCGCGUGCUCAGGAGGAGAUGCGUGAGGUGUUGCUAAACCUUGAACUGCGAGACAAGAUUGCUGAGGCCUCCGUGGCUAACGAUGUAAGUGGUUGGGGUGCUUAG